GGCGUGGCAAAAAAUCAUAAAUAAAUAAAUAAAUAAAGAAGAGGAAAAUCAUUAAAUCAUUCAAGGCAUGUGGGCGGCGUCAAUCGGGUCCUCACCCGGACCAUGCCACUCUCUAAUCCCCAAACCAACCAAACCGCGGCGCAGGCUCAUCGGCCCCUUGGUCCUCUCUGUCCCGGUCAAUUCCCAGCCACCGGACCAGAACAUCCAACGUUUAGGCCGCACCAGCCGUACGACUAUCGAUUCAAGUACGAAACCCACCAAUCCAAUCGAGAAACAAGACGAAGGAGAAGAGGAGGAGGAAGGGAGGCAGAUAAGUGGGUCGGAUGUGCUUUGGGCUAUGCAGAAAGCAGCUGCUCACAAGAACAGAGUGAGUGGUAUGAAGAAGAAGAAGAAGAAGAAGAAUAAGAUGAAAAAGAGUAAAGGCUCAUCAUCCUCUCACGUGGAACAAGAGGUUGCCAUUGAUUAUAGCAAUGUUCGGCCUUUAUCCAUCAGCAGCGACUGGGGUGGUCGAUUGGAUGAAUUGGAGAAGCUUCUUCAGGAGCUUUCUUCUGAAAGAAUUUAAAACCUCUUCCAUAUAUUUAAUCUUUUAAUCCCCCCAUUUGAAUUGUGGGUAUGUUUUUUGGACAAUAUAUAUAUAUAUAUAUAUAUAUAUGUCUGUGUGUGUGUGUGUGUGUGGGUAUGUGCAUAUUUCAUUGACCGUUU